GUAUGUGGGUAAUAAAAUCUUGUAAUUUUUUUACAGUGAUGUCUUUCUCCAAUAAUCCAAAGACUGAAAGGCUUCAGUGUUCAAUCUGUCUGGAUGUGUUGAAUGAUCCAGUCAGCACUCAAUGUGGACACAACUUCUGCAAGAUUUGCCUGAAUACACACUGGGACAACAGUCAAGACUGCAAAUGUCCAAACUGUAGAGAAACAUUUGAGAAAAGACCUGAACUCAAGAUUAAUACAACACUCAGAGAUCUUGUGGAUGAACAUAAGAAGAAAACUGAAGAUAAACAACCUGAAGUCCUCUGUGACAUCUGUGAUGAAGUAAAACUGAAGUCUGUGAAGUCCUGUGUGGUGUGUCAGAGCUCUUACUGUAAAACUCAUCUGGGCCGUCAUUUGACAGUGACAGGUUUAAAGAAACAUAAACUUAUUGAUCCUGUGAAUAAUCUGCAGGAUUAUAUAUGUCAGAAACAUAAGAGAUUUCUGGAGCUCUUCUGUAGAGAUGAUCAGACAUGUGUGUGUCUGUCGUGUACUGAUGGAGACCACAAGAAUCAUGACACUGUAACUUUAGUGGAGGAGACUGAAGAGAGGAAGAUUCAGCUUUUGAAAAAACAGAUAGAUGUGCAGCAGGAGAUCUUAAACAAAACCAAAAGGAUUCAAGAUAUCAAACAUUCAGUAAAGCUCGGAAAAUUUGGGCUGCUGAACCUGAAAUCAGCAAAAAAAAAGAAGGAAGAUCGCAUUAAAGAUCUGGAGCAGGAGAUCAUUGACCUAAAGAGAAGAUACACUGAAAUGGAGAAAACCAUAAACACUAAAGAUCCUCUUGAUCUCAUACAGGUGACACGUCUGAAAGGAUGUUCGCAGAGGUCUGAGUUUGGUGUUUGUGCUCUGGCAUUCUUCUGGUUUUUCUGUGUUUUCCUUGCGGCUUACUACGAUUACAAGAAUCAUAGCAGAGCUGGUAGGUAAAGUUCAAGAGUUAAAGGCAAUUGUGUGUGUGUGUGUGUGUGUGUGUGUGUGUGUGUGUGUGUGUGUGACUGGUAAUUAUCACGUUGUGGGGGCAAAUUGUCCCCACAAAGAUAGGAAUACCAGUGUUUUUGUGACCUUGUGGGGACAUUUUGAUGUCCCCAUGAGGAAACAAGCUUAUAAAUCAAACAGAAUGAUGUAUCUUGAAAAUGUGAAGUAGUAGAAGGGUUUUUGUGAUGGUUGGGGUUAGGGAAUGGGGUAGGUUAGGGGAAUAGAAUAUACAGUUUGUAUGGUAUAAAAUGCAUUACGUCUAUGGAAUGUCCCCACAAAACAUGGAAACCAGAAUGUGUGUGUGUGUGUGUGUGUGUGUGUGUGUGUGUGUGUGUGUGUGUGUGUGUGUGUGUGUGUGUGUGUGUGUGUGUGUGUGUGUGUGUGUGUGUGUGUGUGUGUGUGUGUGUGUGUGUGUGUGUGUGUGUGUGUGUGUGUGUGUGUGUGUUGUUGUUUUAUACAAGAAAAUGCAUUUGUGUCCUUCCUCAAGAAAUUUAUGUAAUUUAAUAACCCUUAGAACACCAGAAACUUGUAUUAUGAUAUUAACACCAAAAUAUUGUGACCACUGAGUUAAGAAAUAUGUAUGCAUAUAUACAUUGCAUGUUCAGACACACAAUAUUGUAUAGUAGUCUAUUUAAGUAGAUUAUAAAGGAAAAAAUAUAAAGUUUUAAAGUUUCUAAAAGAGGAUCGUGAAGAGGAGCAGCACGGAGAACACAAAGAAUUCAGAAGGAUUGUAUGAAGGGCGUUCCCAAGACUAUGUCAUAGCGGAUUAGACUUUGCAACUUGGCUAUAAAAGGACAAAGUUUGAUGAGUCUUUCUCAAUCUUUAAAUGAGAAACUCCAUAUAUGUUUUAAACCAGGUUUAAAUAAUUGAGGUUGGAACUCAUUGCCACUGUUCAUCACAACUGUCAAUAUUUGGUGUUGAUGGAUCCUACCUUAGAUCCUCACGUGCAGAGUAUUGUUUUUUAGUUUAUUUUUAAUCAUUUAUUUACAUAAUUAUCAUUAUAAUUUUAUAAUCAUUAGUUAUCCAUAUAAUUGUUUAUUUGAUUAUUCAAUAUUAUUUUUAUUAUUAUCAAUUUCAUUAUUAUUAUUUUUAUCAUUAUAUUAUUGUUUAUUCAUUUAUAUUGUCUAUUCAUUUAUUUAUUGAUUCAUUAUAUUUCUAUGUUUUAUAUGUGUUAUUAAUUUCAUUGUUCCUCAGUCUCAUAUUUGUGAAGUCUCAUGGGCUGUCCUGUCUGUACAAACAGAGAUAGAUAAAGAGAAUGUUGCAUGUUGAAUUCAUGCUGGUUAUAUGAAGUUUGAAUGUUGAGACAUAUGUAACUGAGACUGUUCAAUAAAACUCUGUUCCUAUUUUACCAUCAAAAACGUUGUCUUGUGUCCGGCUUAUGUUCUUCAUAGCUUUGAUCGAUAAACCUCUUAACUGAGUAAAUGUAUAUUUUCUGACGUGAUCUGGCAUCCGGGGCUGGAUUGUAAAUAUUUUGUCUGGUGUGGAGACCUACAGUGUACAUAGUAUAUGUAUUUUAUUUUGUAAUGUGUAGUUUAUUCUGUAGUGCUGUAAGGGUGGAUUCACUACAGUGGUUCAGUCUGUAGGAUCGCCGAAAUGACAGAGAAAUGUUAACAGCUAGAUAUUAUAAAACUGUGUAUUUCUGGUCAAUUAUCACCCUUCUGCAACCUAUACCAACGACGGAAAUAAGUGCAGUUAUAAUAGCAAAAUAUGUGGGAGAGCCAGGGGGGUCACUAGGCCCUAAAAUUCUGCCCAGCCCCCCUAAAAAAUUAUUUGAUUCAUUAAUUUGUGAUCGCUUCAGUCCCCUAUAAAAACUCUUUAGAAAAGGCGGCAUGCUGCGUCAAGUUUCGGCUCCUCCCCUGAUCUGAGUCAGCAUGGAUUUAGCGCGUUUUUCAAAACGUAGGGGGGCCGAGCAGAGCAAACAUCAGUAGUACAAGGUGUGAGCAGGGCGGACUGGCCAUCUUGGCCUGGUGGCUGUUCUGACCCGCCGUGCAGUCAGCCCAGGAUGACAUGUGAAAGAAUAUGAUAUGAAUGUAUGAAUGACGGACCUCUUAAAAUCUACGA